ACGGUCCUAUGUUGCAAGUCUUUGGAGGCGUCCACCGCAAUGCCUGAAAAUCGCCAGUUUAAUACGGCUAAUUGUGAGCGUACUUUUGUCCAGCGUGACUUCUCUGAGGGCACCGCUGUACGUUUCCAGACCAGUCCUCUCCCUCCUCGACUUUCAGGCAAGAUAUCACCGGAAGAGUUUGCCAAGGCAAUCUCCGAGCUCAAUCAACUCUUCGAUGAGGCCGAGUCUAUUUCGGCGGCGGUGGUUUGUGAAAACAUCACCGCCUGCUUAUUCGCCUACAUGCUCUUCCUUUGCAUGCCGACACACUACGAACGGGUAAGAUUCAAAUGUAUUGUUAUAAUCACUCAUGUGUAG